AUGGGGAGAGGAAAUAAAGAGAAAGGGAAGAAUCCCAUUAAGUUGGCCAAAAAAAAAAAAAAAAAAAAUGCAGGAGGAAGUAGCAAAGGGGAAGAUAAUGAAAUGGUAAACAGCGAAACGAAUGACCAAGGGUCAGAUGUGAUGGAUGAUAAUAAUGCACCUAGCGAAGGGGAAGAUCCUACACGGAUGCUCAUUACUGCUUCCCCAAGUGAACUCCAAAGAGGUGGGGAAAAAAUAUACAACGAGGGAGAAGCAGAUCAGAAGAACCCCUUCAGUGACGUUUUGGAUGAAGCACAAAAUGGUAACCUCCUUUCGGCUAACCCGAAGGAAAAUAAAAUGAGCGAAAAGGGGGGAGAUCAUUUUAAAGACAAAAAUGAAAGCUGUUAUGCUACUGGGAGGGAUGAAAUGGGAACCAAGGUUAAGUGUUCAAAUGGGACUCCACACUGUGAUGAUGUUGAGAAGAGGAAUGAAAACCGAGGUUGGGAAGAGACACAAAUGAAAUGCGUUCGCCAAGGUACAGACGGUAGUAUCACACAGGGGGGAGGAGACUCCUCUCACAAGCGACACACAGAAGUGAAGAGAAGCGUUCCUGAGGAGGGCCAAAAAAAUGAAGAGGAACCAAACACGAUACAAAUAAAUGUUGAUAAUGGUAUAGGUGUAAAGGGCAAAAAAUGUGUGCAAAGGUGUGAAGCAUCUGUUAAGGCAAAUUUAACAAAAGGGAAUAACGUGGGUGAUCCCCCUCCCGGGGUAGACCAUCCUGAAGAAGCAAAAUUAUGUUCGCAGGGCACUAACUGUGCCACGGCUAGUGCAGACCCCACCUCUGGAUCCAGCCCAAGCAGGGGGGAUUACAUGUACGAAAGGGGCAAUAACGACCAUGCGGAGGAGGGACAACCAAUUGAAUAUCGGACGAAGAUGAGCCAGGCAACCAGGAUAAUAGGUAACAGAAGUAUGGACCCGUCCAACGAACAGAAAUCAAAUGUUUACAGAUGUAGUACUGCACCUGGGGGGGAAGACGCAAACAUACAUCUCGCAAAUGAAGAAAAUAUCCCGCUGGAUGAACUCCUAUACGAAACUUCAGAGAGAGCUAAGAAGUACAACAGAAUGAAGUACGGACUCAUGGGUAUACUAAAGGUGAUAAAGAUGACGGACCCCCAAUUGAAUAUGCUGGCCUUAGGAACCGAUCUUACAACCCUAGGGUUGAAUUUAAAUUCGCCUGACUUUUUAUUCGCCUCAUUUACUUCCCCUAUAAGUGAUGACCCAACAUAUAAUGAAGAUUAUUUUGUGAAGCCCAGCAGUUAUUUAAACACCCGUUUUCAAAUUCGUCUUUCCCUCCUUCUAAAACUCCAAACAGAAACGCUGUUUUACAUUUUCUACAACUUACCUAAGGACGUACUGCAGGCUUAUGCUGCCUCUGAGCUGUACCUGAGAAAGUGGAUGUAUCACCUGAAUUAUAAAAAAUGGUUUUUCCCACGGGACUUGCUCCUCAAUCAGGGUAACUUAACCACUUGCCGUUCUUGGGUGUACUUUGAUCCUGUCACGUGGACAAAGAAAUUAUAUAACGACUUUUUAAAUGUUAAAGAAAUGAUGCAUGUGCAGGAUAUUACCAAAUGUAUUGAGCACAUAAUUCAGGCGCAGGCCAACUACAGUACCAAUGUAGCUACUACUUCUAAUUGUGGAAACCAGAAUCAAGACGCUUCCUCCCAAGGGGGGUAA